CACGGGCCUGAUCCAUUGUGUUUUCUACAUGUUCUCUCCUCAAAGGUCCCAAAAGAAGAAGUGCUAUCUUUCUGGACUCUUCUCUCGGAGCAAGCAGGAGGCCAUGAUGGGGAUGAAGGCUCUCCCCCUCCUAGUCUGCGUGAUUUUAGGCGUGGUCCUGCAGACCUCCAGUGCAGGUCUGGUCAAGAAGGUCCUCAGACACCGCAGGGAUAACCUGAUGGCUCAGAGGAGCCAGGAGAACUUGACGCUACCGAACCCCGAGCAGCCGGUGGUGUUCAACCACGUCUACAACAUCAACGUUCCCACCGCCUCGCUCUGCUCCGUGGACCUGGAGGCCCCCGGCGGCACGGGGCCCAAAGACGAGGGCGGACCGCCAGACGGCGAGCACACGCUGGACGGGGACAACCAGAUCGUCUUCACGCACCGCAUCAACAUCCCCAGGCAGGCGUGCGGCUGCAACAACCCGCCGCCUGAUCUCAAGGACAUCCUGAGCAGGCUGGAGAUGUUGGAGUCAGAACUGUCCAGCCUGAGAGAGCAGUGCAGCAGUGGAGCAACUUGUUGUGCUGCUCAAGUUGCUGGGGAAGUCUCCACAAAGCCGUACUGUAACGGCCGUGGGAACUGGAGCGCUGACUCCUGCAGCUGCGUAUGCGAUCCAGGGUGGAAAGGUCCCAAUUGCACAGACCCCGAGUGCCCGAAUGAGUGCCAGGACCAAGGCCGCUGUGUGGACGGAAAAUGUGAAUGCUUUGAGGGCUUCGCCGGCUACGACUGCAGCACUGAGCUGUGCCUGGUGGACUGCGGCAACUAUGGCCACUGUGUCGAAGGGUCUUGCCUGUGCGAGGAGGGCUUCGUCGGGGAGGACUGCUCCCAGACCAACUGCCUCAACAACUGUCUUAACCGCGGGCGUUGUGUGGACGAGGAGUGCGUCUGCGAUGAGCCGUGGACGGGCUUCGACUGCUCCGAGCUCAUCUGUCCAAACGACUGCUACGACCGCGGGCGCUGCGUCAACGGCACUUGCUUCUGCGACGAUGGCUUUGCCGGAGAAGACUGCGGCGAGCUCACGUGUCCGGGCAACUGCAACAACGCCGGCAUCUGUGUGAAGGGACAGUGUGUAUGCCGGCCCGGCUACAGCGGGGAGGAUUGCGCCAAGCGCACCUGUCCCCAGAACUGCAACGAGCGAGGCCAUUGCUUCAACGGGAAGUGUAUCUGCGACCCAGGGUUUGUGGGCAACGACUGCUCCGUCCUGUCAUGCCCUGAAAACUGCAGCAACAGAGGCCAAUGCGUUGACGGAGAGUGCGUGUGUGAUGAAGGACACCAAGGAGAAGACUGUAGUGAGCGCUCCUGCCCAAACAACUGCCUAGAUCGUGGACGCUGCGUCGACGGAAAGUGUCAGUGCAACAAAGGCUUUACUGGCGAGGACUGCGGCGUCAAGACCUGUCCUAAAGACUGCAUGGGGCGUGGGGAGUGUACGGAUGGCACCUGUGUUUGCUUUAUUGGCUUCACUGGUAAAGACUGCGGCGAGUUGACCUGUCCCAACGACUGUCACGGACGUGGUCACUGUGUGGAAGGACAAUGUGUUUGUCAGAAGGGUUUCACUGGCGAAGACUGCAGUGAGAAGACAUGUCCUAAAAACUGUCUGGACAGAGGCUACUGCAAUGACGGCAGCUGUGUGUGCUAUGAAGGCUUCACUGGACCAGAUUGCUCUGUCCUGACCUGUCCAGAGGACUGCCAGAACCAAGGACGGUGUGAAAACGGGGUGUGCGUCUGUGACGAGGGUUUCAUCGGUGAAGACUGCUCAGAAGUCUCACCUCCAAAGGACCUCACAGUGGAAGAGGUCUCACCUGAAACGGUGGACCUGUCUUGGCGGAACGAGAUGCUCGUGACAGAGUACCAAAUCAUCUACGUUCCCACCGCCCCUGGAGGUCUGGAGCUGGAUGUGCGGGUUCCCGGGAACCAGAAAAAGGCCACGAUUAGAGAACUGGAACCUGGCAUCGAGUAUCUGGUCAGCGUGUACGCGAUCCUCAACGAUAAGAGGAGUGUUCCUGUGAGCGCAAGGGUGGCAACACAUCUUCCUGAGCCAGAGGGACUGAAGUUCAAGGCAGUGAGGGAGACGUCUGUAGAGGUACAGUGGGACCCUCUUGACAUCCCCUUUGACGGCUGGAACCUCAUCUUUAGAAAUACUAAAGAGGAGGACGGUGAGAUUCUGAACUCCCUGGGCCGUCCAGACACCACAUUUGAACAGUCGGGCCUUGGACCUGGCCAAGAGUAUGAAGUGAAACUGGAGGUGGUGAAGAACAAGACGCGUGGACCGCCUGCCUCCAAGAGUGUGGUCACAAGAAUCGACGCCCCGGGCCAGGUGAACAUACGCGAUGUGACGGACACCACAGCUCUGGUCACAUGGUUCCAGCCUGUGGCCCACGUGGAUGGAAUCAGCAUCUCGUACGGUCCGGGGUCGAACCCGGCGGACCGCAGCGUGGUGGAGCUUUCCCCGGGCGACACGCAACACCACCUUGGAGGCCUGGCCCCCGACACUCAAUACGACGUCUCCCUGACCGCACAGCGGGGACAAGGAAGCAGCCUUCCUGUCUAUGAGUCCUUCCUGACAGACUUGGACGCCCCCAGGGAGCUGCAGACGGUGGAGCUGACAGACGAGAGCAUCACUCUGGAGUGGAAGAACAGCCGAGCUCGGGUGGACGACUACCGCAUCAAGUACGGUCCUCUGUCUGGAGGCGAGCACAGAGAGGUUCUCUUCCCCGCUGGAGCCAAGGACUCCACUCAGGCCAAGAUCUCUGGUCUGAGGCCCGGGACCGAGUACGGGAUGGGAGUGACGGCGGUGAAGGGGGAACGUGAGAGUCUGCCCGCCACCACCAACGCCGUGACCGCCCUCGACGCCCCCAAAGACCUGAGGGUUGCAGAGGUGACCGAGACCAGCAUGGUUCUGGAGUGGAGGCGUCCCCUGGCCAAGCUGGACUCAUACAGGCUGGUCUACGUUUCGGCGGAGGGCCAGAGAGCAGAGGAGGUGCUGGCAGGAGCGUCAGAGUCUCACACGCUGCGAGGCCUGACGGCCGGCACGCUCUACCGCGUAACGCUCAGCGCCGAGAGGGGCCGCCGGACCAGUGCACCCGCCACCAUCUCAGCACCCACCGAGGAGCAGAAGCCCCAGGUGAGCAAUGUCACCAUCAGCGAGGUUUCUUGGGACACCUUCCUGCUGUCCUGGUCCACGGACCAGGCAAGGUCGGCGGGGGCCUUCCAGGCAUACCUGGUCCAGGUCACGGACGCCGAAACCGGCGCCGAGUCGCAGAAUCUAACCCUCGGCGCCGACGCUCGCAGCGUGGUCAUCUCCGGCCUCAGUCCCACCACCUGGUACAGGGCACACCUGUACGGAGUGUUCAGGGGCCAGGUCUUAGGGCCCGUCUUGGCAGACACCAUCACAGAGACUGAACCGGAGGUGCAGGCUCUCCUGGUGUCCGACGUCACGGCCCACAGCGUUAGGUUGGCCUGGACGGCCGACGAUGACGCCUUCGACACCUUUGUCGUAAUGCUGAGUCAGGCGGGGGAGGGGCCGCGGCCACCGCGAGAGCUGGUGCUGGCCGGCGAAGAGAGAAAGGUGCACGUGGCGGACCUCAGCGAGGACACGCAGUACUCGAUUGAAAUCUUUGGACUCACUUUGGGAAGGAGCUCCAAGUCGGUAAUGGAGGUGGUGAGAACAGAUGUGGGGCCGCCUCAGGGCAUCCGCUUCUCUGACGUCACCGACUCGUCUGCCACCAUCCACUGGGCGCUUCCAAGAACCCGUGUGGACAGCUACCGGGUCACGUACGUGCCAGCUCAUGGAGGAAAGGCCGACACCGUGACCGUGGACGGGUCAGAGUCCCACACCGUGCUGCCCAACCUGACACCUGGACUCACCUAUGAGGUCACCGUGGUCGCACUCAAGGGUCAAAGGGAGAGUGAGCCGGGGUCGGACAGUGUCACUACUGCCCUGGACAAGCCUCGUGGUCUGACUGCAGUCAACAUCACUGACACGGAGGCGCUGCUGCUGUGGCAGCCUGCUAUCGCUACAGUGGAUGGUUACGUCAUCACCUACAGUGCAGACUCAGUGGCUGCAGUCACAGAGCGUGUGUCAGGAAACGUGGUGGAGUUGGCCAUGACCUCUCUGAUGCCGGCCACACGACACACCGUCAAGGUCUACGCCGUUCGCCACUUGGCCAGGAGCGCUGUGACCACAACCCAGUUCAUCACUGACGUGGACGCCCCCCAGGAGCUGGCAGCCAGCAAGGUGCAGACAGAGACGGCCAUGCUGACCUGGAGGCCGCCUCGUGCCGCCAUCACUGGCUACAUCCUCAGCUUUGAGUCUGCCGACGGCGUCAUCCGGGAGGUGGUCCUCAGUCCCACCGCUGUGUCCUACAACAUGGUGCAGCUCAGCGCUUCAACACAGUACUCGGUCAGGCUGCAGGCCAUCGCUGGUCCCAAGAGGAGCCGAGUCGUCGCCACGGUCUUCACCACCACCGGCGUGCUCUACAAAUACCCCAAAGACUGCUCUCAGGCCCUGCUGAACGGGGAGAACACGUCCGGCCUGUACACCGUCUACCUGGGGGGCGACGAGAGCCAAGGCCUGCAGGUCUACUGCGACAUGAGCACUGACGGAGGAGGAUGGAUGGUCUUCCUCAGACGCCAGAGUGGCAGACUGGAGUUUUUCCGCAACUGGAAGAAUUACACGGCGGGCUUUGGAGACAUGACGGAUGAAUUCUGGCUAGGUCUGUCCAACCUGCACAAGUUGACAGCAGGAGGACAGUAUGAGCUCCGAGUGGACCUGAGGGACAAAGGAGAGAGCGCCUACGCUCACUACGACAAGUUCUCCGUCUCAGAACCUCGGACACGCUACAAAGUCCACGUAGGAGGAUACAGCGGAACGGCAGGGGACUCCAUGACAUACCACCACGGUCGGCCGUUCUCCACGUACGACCACGACAACGACAUCGCCGUCACCAACUGCGCGCUGUCGUACAAGGGCGCCUUCUGGUACAAAAACUGUCACCGAGUCAACCUCAUGGGGCGAUACGGAGACAACAGUCACAGCAAGGGUGUGAACUGGUUCCACUGGAAGGGACACGAGCACUCCAUCGAGUUUGCCGAGAUGAAGAUCCGUCCAUCCAACUUCAGAAACCUGGAGGGGCGCAGGAAGCGCUCCUAGACGCCACGCCCACCUCGGCCCCGACAUUCGGACCGCCCGCACCUCCACCCAGAUCUGACCCCUGACCUCCCGUGCAGCGACCAAAGCCACCGAGACCCCCCUGAUGCCUCCAUGCGGACCAAGCUCCAUCUUCCUGUUCUUCACAGGCUGCCUCGUGCUGAGCGGACAUCUUUUUACACGUCACACGCCAAAGACAGCAGAACAAUGUCAGGACUAUCCGGUGUGCGCCAGGAGGCCCGUGUGCAUGAUGUCACCCAUCGCUACAGCCAAGACACCUUGGUCGGCUGUUUGUGGAAAGGAGUGGUCAAUAGGCGUGUAAAAACCACGCUCUGUUUGUACUGUAUAUACUGCAUGUACUGUAUAUACUGCAUGUACUGUAUAUACCUUAUAUACAGUAUGUACCGUAUACACCAUAUGUACUUUACAUACCGUAUGUUAUGCGAGCCAUGAUCCUAAUGAGAGUGGACUGACGCCAUGAACACUUCCUGUCCCUCACGUCAUGUGGGACAUCUACGCAAGCCCUUUUCUGAGACUAACAAAUAAAUACUCCAAUUAUGAGAUAAAAAGUCCCAAUUAUGACAUACAAAGUCACAAUUGUGAGGUAAAAAGUCGUAAUUAUGAGAUAAAAAUUCAUAAUUGUGAGAUAAAAAGUUAAAAGUAAGAUAAAAAGUUGAGAUUAAGAGAUAAAAAGUCGUAAUUAUGAGAUAAAAAGUCCCGAUUGUGACAUACAAAGUCACAAUUGUGAGGUAAAAAGUCGGAAUUAUGAGAUAAAAAUGUAUAAUUGUGAGAUAAAAAGUUGAAAGUAAGAUAAAAAAAAAUUAAAUUAAGAGAUAAAAAGUCGUAAUUAAGAGAUAAAAAGUCAGAAUUAUGAGGUAAAAAGUUAAAACUAUGAGAUAAAAAGUCGAAAUUGUGAGAUUAAUUAAUCGAAAUUAUGAGAUUAAAAAGUAGAAAUGAUGAGACAAAAAGAUGAAACUAUGAUAUAAAAGGUCGAAAUUGAGAUAAAAAGUCAAAGUUACGAGGUAAAAAGUCUAAAUUAUGAGAUUAAAAAAAUCCAAAUUAUGAGAUAAAAAUCUAAAUUAUGAGAUAAAAAAAAUCCAAAUUAUGAGAUACAAAUCUAAAUUAUGAGAUAAAAAAAAUUAAAUUAUGAGAUUAAAAAAUCGAAAAUUACGAGAUAAAAAGAUGAAAUGGAGAUAUAAAAUGUUUACAUUAUGAGGUAAAUCUAAAUUAUGAGAUAAAAAGACGAAAUUAUAAAACAAAAAGUUGAAACUAUGAUAUAAAAGGUCGAAAUUGAGAUAAAAAGUCAAAAUGAUGAGAUAAAAACUUGAAAUUAUGAGAUUAAAAAAAUAAAAAUUAUGAGAUACAGUCUAAAUUAUGAGAUAAAAAGUUGAAAUGGAGAGAUAAAAAGUCAAAAUUAAGAGAUAAAAAUCAAAAUUAUGGGAUAAAAAAAAAUCGAAAUUAUGAGACAAAAAGUUGAAAUUAAGAGAUAAAAAGUUGAAAUGGAGAGAUAAAAAGUCGAAAUUAUGGGAUAAAAAAUUGAAAUUAUGAAAUUAAGUCAUAAUGAGAUAAAAAGGGAAGUUAGAUAUUUUAUACCAGUCUCAGUGGCACAUCUUUGAGAAGAUGUAAUCAUUUAAAUUUCUCAUCUCAGAAUUUCAACUUUUUUAUCUCAUAAUUUCAAUUUCUCAUCUCAUAAUUUCAAUUUUCUUAUCCCAUAAUUUCAAUUUCUCAUCUCAUAAUUUCAAUUUUCUCAUCUCAUAAUUUCAAUGUUGUCAUCUCAUAAUUUCAAUUUCUCAUUGCAUAAUUUCAAUUUCUCAUCUGGUAAUUUCAAUUUUGUCAUCUCAGAAUUUCAACUUUCUUAUCCCAUAAUUUCGAUUUCUCAUCUCAGAAUUUAAACUUUCUCAUCUUAUAAUUUCAAUUUCUCAUGCAUUAUUUAAAUUUCUCAUCUCGUAACUUAAAUUUUGUCGUCUCAUAAUUUCAAUUUCUCAUCUCAUAAUUUAAAUGUUCUCAUCUCAUAAUUUCAAUUUUCUCAUCUCAUAAUUUCAAUUUCCUUAUCUCAUAAUUUCUACUUUCUCAUCUCAUAAUUUCAACGUUGUCAUCUCAUAAUUUCAAUUUCUCAUCGCAUACUUUCAAUUUCUCAUCUCAGAAUUUCAACUUUUUUUCUCAUAAUUUCAAUUUCUCAUCUCAUAAUUUCAAUUUUCUUAUCCCAUAAUUUCAAUUUCUCAUCUCAUAAUUGCUACUUUCUCAUCUUAUAAUUUCAAUGUUGUCAUCUCAUAAUUUCAAUUUCUCAUCUCGUAAUUUCAAUUUUAUCAUCUCAGAAUUUCAACUUUCUUAUCCCAUAAUUUCAAUUUCUCAUCUCAUAAUUUCAAUUUCUCAUGCAUUAUUUCAAUUUCUCAUCUCGUAAUUUCAAUUUCUCAUCUCAUAAUUUCAAUUUCUCAUCUCAUAAUUUCAAUUUCUCAUCUCAUAAUUUCAACUUUCUUAUCUCAUAAUUUCAAUUGCUCAUCUCAUAAUUUCAACUUUCUCAUCUCGUAAUUUCAACUUUCUCAUCUCAUAAUUUCAACUUUCUCAUCUCAGAAUUUCAACUUUCUCAUCUCAGAAUUUCAAAUUUCAAUUUCUCAUCUCAUAAUUUCAAUUUCUCAUCUCAUAAUUUCAAUUUCUCAUCUCAUAAUUUCAACUUUCUUAUCUCAUAAUUUCAACUUUCUCAUCUCGUAAUUUCAACUUUCUCAUCUCAUAAUUUCAACUUUCUCAUCUCAGAAUUUCAACUUUCUCAUCUCAGAAUUUCACAUUUCAAUUUCUCAUCUCAUAGACUGACCAUUGGGUGUUUAGUUUUUGUCAGUGGUGUAAAAGGUGCUUGCAAGGAAGAACAAGGUGAUGGUGUCCACUCCUACAGAACAACAUACAUCUGAGUCAUCAUGUUGGUCUACAACAAGGUGAUAGUGACCACUCCUACAGUACAACAUACAUAUGAGUCAUCAUGUUGGUCUACAACCACUCCUACAGUACAACAUACAUCGGAGUCAGCACAAUUGUACUAAAAGCACAAGAUGACUCAAAUUGAAAUAAAUAAACGAUAAUUUCUUAGUCCUUGUGUCACUUUAUCCUCCCUGGUUCCUCCAAGGAGCCCACCUGUGAUAGAAUAGACGUCCCCAUGAGAAAUAAUCCUAAUAUGGAAGUAUUUAGACCGGUUGAAGUGGAUUGCAUUCAUUGUGGGGGCCCCUCAAACUUUUCAUUACGUGUUGGAUGGAACCAAGGCAGGACCUACUAUUAUUAUUAUUAUUAUUAUUGUUUUUAGGUACGUCAUUCAUCGCCGUGACGGUUCUUUGCUCUUGUCAUACUUCUUGUGAAUACGGUAGAUGUAUGUGGAACAAGAGAAUGUGUUAUUCAAAUUGUAAAAACAUAGUCAGGUCCAAAAGAGUCGUUUUUAAGCCCCCUGUUCCCAGAAACAAAAAGAAUGAAUUGUGUUCUUAUGGAUGUGUUUGUUUAUAACAACUGUUUCUCUGUGAACUGUACUACAAUAAAGCUGUUUGUUUGAAAGAUGUUUGGCAUUUUUAGAGGACAGUCCCCUCCCUGAUCUCAGUACAACAUACAUCUGAGUCAUCCUGUUGGUCUACAACCAGGUGAUGGUGACCACUCCUACAGUACAACAUACAAACCCCGUUUCCAUAUGAGUUGGGAAAUUGUGUUGGAUGUAAAUAUAAACGGAAUACAAUGAUUUGCAAAUCAUUUUCAACCCAUAUUCAGUUGAAUAUGCUACAAAGACAACAUAUUUGAUGUUCAAACUGAUAAACUUUUUUUUGUGUGCAAAUAAUCAUUAACUUUAGAAUUUGAUGCCAGCAACACGUGAC